AUGAAGGCUACCUUCAUUUCCUUGGGCCUUAUUGCCUCUGCCUCCGCCAAUAUUGUCUUCAAUCAUGUCCCAUUAAGCUGUGACAUUCGAAGCACUAAUUUAUACUAUGGUUGUCUUGAAGGUCAAAAUUGUACAGAUGAUGGCACCAACGAAUGUUAUGUCCCAAACACUCCAAUGCCAUCUCGCUAUUACCCGGUCCCAGUCGAAGAUCGAAAAAUUGAGCCAAGACAAGCUGUCUACUCAAAAGAUGGUAGCUGUGGUCCUGCCAACGGCAACACUCUCUGCGAUCCAAACAGUACAGUGUACAAAGGAUCAUGCUGCUCGUCAUACGGCUGGUGUGGAAAUGAUGAAGCUCAUUGCGGAGCCGGAUGUUUAUCAGGAUGCACUAGCGGCACUACAACUCCAAGUGGUACCUCUCCUUGAACUGAUGGUCGAUGUGGAAGUGCUUUCGGUGGUGCUACCUGCGAUGCAAACGGUGCAUUUGGUGGUUGUUGCUCUGCGUAUGGUUAUUGUGGCUCUACAACUGAUCACUGUUUGGCUUCGAAUGGUUGCCAGAAUGGAUGCACAGGCUCACAGUCUACAUCAGCCGCCAAGACUACUACUAAAGCUGCAGCAGGCAGCUCACCUUCUUCAUCUACAACUCAAGAACCAGUUAUUGCUCCGGUUACUUCUACACUUACACCUGCCGCAGCCAGCAAUGCACCAGUAACUACUGAUGGAUCAUGCGGUACUGCUAACGGAGGUACGGUUUGUGGCAAUUGGGCAAAUGGAAAUUGUUGUUCCAUGUACGGCUUUUGUGGUAGUACUAACGCACAUUGUGGUGCUGGAUGCCAAUCGGGAGAUUGUUUGAAUGCGCCUGUGGUUGCAGCCCCUGGUGCGAGUCCUGCCCCAGCCGCCCCAGAGGGAGGUGCCUUUAACAUUGUCGGGUCAUCUGGAGUUCCAGCUAUGCACGCCGCACUUAUGCCAAACGGCCGAGUCAUGUUCCUCGACAAAUUGGAGAACUACACCCAGUUGAAAUUGCCAAACGGAUACUACGCAAUGUCUUCGGAAUACGACCCAGAAACCAACGCAGUUGCCACUCCGUUAGCUUACAAGACAAAUGCAUUUUGUUCCGGAGGUACUUUCCUUGCUGAUGGACGUGUUGUUUCCCUCGGAGGUAACGCGCCCUUAGACUGGCUCGACCCAAAUAUUGGGGAUGGAUUCGACGCUAUUAGAUACCUUGAACGAUCUUCUACCGAUGCGAGCCUUACUGGAAAAGAUUGGAGUGAACCAGGUAACAAGCUCGCAAGUGCUCGUUGGUAUGCUACUGCUCAAACCAUGGGCGAUGGAACCAUCUUUGUUGCUUCUGGAAGUUUGAACGGCCUCGAUCCGACUGUCAAAACGAACAACAAUCCUACAUAUGAGAUCCUUAGUCCUGCCGCUGUGUCACAAGGUAAGAACAUCGACAUGGAAAUUCUGGAGAAAAACCAGCCGUAUUAUAUGUAUCCUUUUGUCCAUCUCCUUAAUGAUGGAAACUUGUUCGUCUUUGUUUCAAAGUCUUCCCAAGUAUUCAAUGUCGGUACCAACACUAUCGUCAAGGAACUGCCAGAGCUCGCUGGAGAUUAUCGCACUUAUCCCAACACUGGUGGAAGUGUUUUACUUCCUUUGUCAAGCGCAAACAACUGGAACCCUGAUAUUAUCAUCUGCGGUGGAGGUGCAUACCAAGAUAUUACCAGUCCAACAGAGCCAAGUUGUGGAAGAAUUCAGCCAUUGAGUGCAAACCCCACAUGGGAGCUGGAUGCUAUGCCGGAAGGUCGUGGUAUGGUUGAAGGAACCUUACUUCCUGAUGGAACAGUUGUUUGGCUUAAUGGAGGUAAUUUGGGUGCUCAAGGAUUUGGACUUGCAAAAAACCCAACAUUGGAAGCACUUCUUUACGAUCCUACGAAAGCUAAAGGCCAAAGAUUCUCAACUCUUGCCACCUCAACUAUCCCACGUCUCUACCAUUCUGUCUCUCUUCUUCUUCUCGACGGUACACUAAUGGUCGCUGGCUCAAAUCCUGUCGAGAUGCCAAAGCUUAAACCAGAUGCAGCCGAUCCAUAUGUUACAGAGUUCCGAGUUGAGAAUUACGUUCCUCCUUAUCUCUCAGGCGAUAAUGCAAAGAAGCGUCCUACCAAUGUAAAAUUGGCAUCGGGUAGCUUUAAAGCUGAUGGAACCACACUCGAUGUCACCUUUGAUUGCCCAGCUGGCGCGAAAGCAGUCACUGUGACUUUGUACCACGGCGGAUUCGUUACUCAUUCGGUACACAUGGGUCAUCGCAUGCUGCAUUUAGAUAACACGGGCUUCGUCGCUGGUGCUACACAACAGAAGUUGACUGUUACUCGACCACCAAACAACAAUGUUGCACCUCCUGGUCCAUAUGUUGUUUACAUUCUUGUAGACGGCAUUCCUGCAAUGGGACAAUUUGUUACGGUUUGA